GAAUAUCCAUACUUUAAAUGUGAGAAUAUUUAUUUUUUGGAUGCACUUAAUUAUGUAAAUAAUGUAAUCUUAAAGUAUUUGCGUUUAAUAUCAAACUUUUUGCAAAUAUUGACAUGAUUUUUUAAAUUGUUUUUUUUUCAGAGUUUUAAUUUUAAGUUGGAAUGUUUAGUGUAGGACUGUGGGCUAGUCUAUUGAUUUCAAGAACCAAACAAAGAAUUCUUCAUGAUGAUGAAACUUGAAAACCUCUUUGGAUCGAGUGUUCAGCAGGUCCCCGAGUAGACGGGAGACGGCGGAGCUCUGAUGAAUAUUGAGUUACUCGGGGAAGCGAAUGGGAUGAAACUGGAGGGAGGCAUCUUCGAGGUAUGAACCGUCUCCGAAGCACUUGUGAUCAUAAGCACAGAUUGGUCAAUUCUAGCUUCAAUGUGCAUCCCAACUCCAGGGAAGAAGUAGGAAGACGAAGAUCAAACGCCCAAAUAAAUUUCAAAACGGAGAAUGUUAAUGAUAUUGGCACUUGGGUGCCAUCAGUUGAUAACUUCACCUUUCCGGCUAAUUUGGCUCCCUUUGCAUACUGUGACGCUUCCACUGUUGUUGAGGUGAGUAAAGAUGAAUUCUUGGUGGCAUAUUAUGGUGGCUCAGGUGUGGGAGCCUCUGAUGUCAAGAUUUGGACUCAACGUUACAAGAAUGGAGGUUGGAGUCCCCCUGUUGUAGCGGCUGACGAACCAGAUGUCCCAAUGUGGAAUCCUGUACUGUUGAUGCUUCCUUCUCGUGAAUUGCUUUUGUUCUAUAGAAUUGGGACAAUGAUUCAACUUUCCGGCCAAUGUUUCAAAACAGAUCUCGUAAGGUUCCCUGAAAAUUUAGCAGCUCUUGUGUGGAGUGGAUACAUGAAGAGAUCUUAUGAUGGCGGUUUGACAUGGGCAAAAAGAGAGCAGCUUCCUCCCGGUAUAUUAGGACCCAUAAAGAACAAGCCUUUGUUACUACAAAAUGGAACAUUGCUUUGCGGAUCUUCUGUUGAGAGCUGGUAUUCUAGGGGAGCGUGGAUAGAGAUGACGAGUGAUUCUGGUAGAACAUGGAGAAAGUAUGGACCGAUAUACAUAAAGAAUAACACUCUCGGUGUGACCCAACCUGUUCCCUACCAGACGACUACAAAUGGGACUUUGCGAGUUUUACUCCGCUCAUAUGAUGGCCUAAAUAAAACUUACAUCUCAGAGUCCCGCGAUGGUGGUCUUACAUGGGAUUAUGCUACGCCUACUACUUUACCGAACCAUGAUUCAGGAUUUGACGGUGUUAAAUUGAGUGAUGGUCGGCUCCUUGUAGCCUACACCACAUUCUCAAAAGAGGUUCUCAAUUUGGAAUUGGCACUUUCACAAGACGAUGGAGAAUCGUGGCAUGAUGUCUACACACUAGCGAAUACCACGGAGAAGGAGUUCUCCUAUCCAGCCAUCAUCCAGGCCACUGAUGGAUCAGUCCAUAUCACCUACACCUACAACAAAUCUCAGAUCAAGCAUGUCGUGUUGAAGAAGAUCCCUUGAUGAAGAAAACUGAGCAUAUUGCAACCGGAUGAUCGUGCGCUUUUCUUGUUAGGAUUCAAGAUUCAUGAAGAUUUUGUUUAAUUGAUCUGAACACACCUUCUCAUGGAUUAUAUUAUAUCUCCCAGCUUUGGUUCCUAUAUAUAUGCAAUAUUGUCAUAGCAGUUAGGAUGCCUUGGUCCAAAUAAAACUAUAAUGUCCUG